GGUUGCUAUACUUCAGGGCCAGGAGCUCUGGGCCCUCCAUGGGGUUCAUCACCCAAUGGGAAAUAAUGCAACUUGCUGUUGCCUUGAAAACUGAAGGAUUAAGAUAAAAUUAGAACAUGCUUCUCUGGAAAUGAUCAGCCCCAUAGAUCCUUGGUAAGGACUAGCAGGCCAUCCCAUGCUUGUCUGCAAGCCUCUCAUAGCCACACAGGAUCCUAGCCUGCAGUAUGAGAAAGUACAGAUAUUUGUUGUCAAUUACUUUAAAAUAGAAUGACCUGUUUCUAGUGUGUGUUUGCUUUUGGUGGAAAGACCAAGCAGAACAAUGGGAACAUUGGCUAGGUGGCUCCUAGUAGAAGCUUUUGCAGUGGGCAGUUGGUUAUCAGGGGCUUGUAGCUCCCAUUAAACACUGAUUCUCUUGGUGGUAGUAAAUGAGAACAGGAUCUGAUAGUAUGGGCUGGAGAAAAAGUGUUGGUAAAAUUCCAUAUAUGAGAAGAGGUAUGUGGGGCCAAAUUGGGUCUUGAGGUUGGGACCUGCCAGGACCCCACUGCUUGAUAUUCCGAUGGUGAAACAAGUAUGUUGAGACAGCUGGCACUCUUUGACUAUCCUGGGCCUGCUUUGGGUGUCUUUUGGGUGUAACCUGGUGUUUUCCACAGGGACCCACUUCUGUGUAAUAUAGGGGGUUCCUGCUGGUCAUGAGGGUAUGGUGGCACUGGAAACCUUGGCUGGUUUCUAGACAAAGAUGAACGACUAAAGAAUUCAAGCUACAGCCUGGCGUCUGGUCUACAUAGUGAAUUCAGGUCAUUUGGGGCUACAGGGAGACCCUGUCUCAAAAAGACAAAAAAAAAAAAAAAGAAUUCAAACUUCAUGGUGUGGGCAGGAAGGUCCCAGCAGGCCUCAGCCUCUGGGUGUCCUGGAAUGGCAGCACACACUGCUCUAGAAUAUGGUCCACCUCCUGGCAGAUUAUGACUGCCAAACUUGACCACCUUCCCCACCCUGUUCUGUCUCAUGGCUUUGACCUGGAGGGUCACAACUGAGGUGGCAUGCAGGAUCCUCUGUUCAGGUAAGGGUACAGUGUAACCCUGGAAGCCAGCUGCAUUCUUGGGCAGACAACUGUUGCAUAGUGACACCUGGUCUUUCAAAUGUUCUGAUGACCUGCAGUAUAGUGCCCAAGGAGCAGGAGUUUGUGGGAGCUGCUUUAACUCUCCCUAUUAUCUUGUCAUACAGAGGAGGCGAGUAGGGCCCCACUCUUAACUUGUGCCUCAAGUCUACCUGACUUCAGGAGAGACCAUGUGGCAAGUGUGACUUCUCCCAUCCCUGGGUUGGAUCUUCUUUCUGUCUGCUCAUCAGAAUUGGGGAACAUUGCCUAGGAUGCCCUGAGGUCCCUUUCCCAGAACACUCACUACUUCAGAAGUAUGGGGUGGGCAUCCUGUGGCCUCUUGUCCCACCCUGGCUUUUCUCUACUCACUUCCUAGCCCAGCCUGGCUGUCUGUGCUAGGAGUUUCCACACGAGGGCUGGGGACUUCUGCUUUCACAUGUAAUACUGGGUGGGGGGUUUCCAGCCCCAGUCCUUCAUCUCACCCUGCGGCAGAACUAUCCCCAAAACUUAAUUUUUGUUUUUUUUUUUAAAUUUUUAUUUUAAAACAGACUAUCGCUCUAUAGCCCAGACUGGCGUGGAAUUUCCGAUCAUCAUGCCUUAGCCUCUCAAAAGUUGGGAUCGUAGCUCUUAUAGCCACAUCCUGCAAGGAAAAACCCCAGAGUCCUGUGAAGGCAGAGACCAGACAAGGAUGUAUGUGGGGGUUCAGCAGCCCACAGCCCUUCUGCUCCUGGGUCUCACAUUUGGAGCUGCAGCCAAGCUCAACUGUGUCGGGAAUACCUAUCCCAAUGGCCACAGGUGCUGUCAUGAGUGCCAGCCAGGCAGUGAGAUGGUGAACUGCUGUGAUCACACCAGGGACUGCCACCUGUGUGAACCUGGCUUCUACAAUGAGGCAGUCAAUUAUGAUACCUGCAAGGAAUGUACACAGUGCAACCAACGAAGUGGAAGUGAACUCAAGCAGAACUGCACACCUACUCAGGAUACUGUCUGCCACUGCAGGUCAGGCACCCAGCCUUGGCAAGACAGCAGCCACAAGACUGGAGUUGACUGUGUUCCCUGCCCUCCUGGUCACUUCUCCCCAGGCAACAACCAGGCCUGCAAGCCCUGGACCAAUUGCACCUUAUCUGGAAGAUGGUCCCAGCGCCCAGCUAGUGCCAUCUUGGACACAGUCUGUGAGGACAGAAGCUUCCUGACGACCCUGCUCUGGGAGACCCAAGGCCCUACAGUCAGGCCAACCACGGCCCAGUUUACCACAGUCUGGCCAAGGACUUCUCGGUCACCCUCUACACCCUCCUUGGAGGCUCCCAGAGGCCCUGCACUUGCUGCUGUCCUAGGCCUAGGCCUUGGCCUGCUGGCCCCAUUGACUGCUCUGCUGGCCCUGCACCUGCUCCAAAAGGCCUGGAAGUUGCCUGAUGCCCCAAAACCCUAUGGGGGAAACAGCUUCAGGACCCCCAUCCAAGAGGAGCAGGCUGACACACAUUUUACCCUGGCCAAGAUCUGAGCAACACCUCAGGAGUAGCUUUAUGAGGCAGGGGCACCCCAUAUCCUAGUGCCCACCAGCACCCUCCACACCAUUCUAGGUGCUGGGCUGGCUCUGGGCUCUCCUAUGUAUGCUGUGCAUACUACCUGCCUAGCAGUACCCCCAAUAAACAUGCUA